UCCUGGCCUGCCAAAUUUGAAAAUCUUUAAAAAAAAAAAAUCGAAACGGAGGGUUGUCAAAAUUGAACAUCUUGGAAAUUCGAUUCCCUGUUUGCCAGCGACCCAGACACGAAAAUCGAGCGGCAAGACACCUGUUGAAUCUGUCCUGACGGCUUCUGCAGAACCCUAGACUGGUUCAUAUAUACGAAGAUAAUAAUGGGGUCUAUGAUCAGUGCGAACAAGAAGACGAAGGAAGAGAUGGAGAUGGCGAUGAACAAGGCUAAAGAGAUUGUUGCCUCUCACCCAGUUGUUGUCUUCAGUAAGACAUACUGUGGUUAUUGCCAGAGGGUCAAGCAAUUGCUCACUCAGCUUGGAGCAGAUUUCAAAUUCCUCGAGCUCGACGAGAUGGGUGAUGGGAGCGAAAUCCAAUCGGCACUGUUAGACUGGACGGGACAGAGGACAGUUCCAAACGUUUUCAUCAAGGGAGAACACAUCGGUGGAUGUGACAGAGUCAUGGAGAGUCACCAGCAAGGCAAGCUUCUGCCACUCCUCACUGAAGCAGGUGCUCUCCCCAAAAGCUCCGCUCAGCUCUGAAUCUGAAAACUUCACAGAGGGAGAGAAAUCCAACACAAAACAAAAAUAAAGAACCCUUUCUCUCUUCUCUGUCUUAAUCUCUGCUAAUACUACAAAAGAGCUUGUAAUGGUUCACAUUAUCUAUGUGCUUUGUUCUUCACUUCUAUCUGAAAUUUUCCGACAGUGUUCUGUUGAAAUAAAUAACUGGUAAAAUGCUGA